ACAACAGCUGAGUCACUGAUCUGAAUCCCAUUCUAUACUAUAAUAAGCUAAUCACAGACCCCAGAGAUCUAAUUACAUCCUUCGAAAGCUAAGAAUGUCUUAUUCUAAAAAGCACCGACUCCACCAUCCCCUGAAUGGUAGAAGGAUAAAAGCAAAAAGGAGAACUGGAUAAGAUACAGCACAACAAACAGAUACCAAUGACCAGAAAACCUGCAAGGGACAUUAUGGGGACAUAAUAGCAGGACGUUGAAGGUCUAAAAAUGAUCGCGCUCCGUGCUCUUCUUCAGUCGAAACCCGGGGGUGUCUAGGACCCAGAGGGAGCCCGCAUUGACCGGGCGAGGAGCAGUCACACCUGCUUGGUGCGAUCAGCGUCGCCUAGUCCCUCGCACAAGUUUGCCGAGGGGCUCCGGCGACGAAGCGGUUGUUGAAGGAUUAAUCAAUCGACCGCCUUCGUGUUUGGAACCGCCGGAUCGGGGCGCCUUGCCGGUCACUACCGAACAGCAGCAGAUUCAAGAUGCGCCGUGCUGAGCGAUCAGGAAUACAGGACCGACGGGCGGUGCGGUGAGAGACUCCUCGCCAGUUUCCGUUUUAUUUGUGCCUGGAGGGGGAAAGAGCGACGACAUUUAUCUUGGUAAAUAAAAGGGCGGAGGCGCACGGUAAGGCCGUGCUUCAAAGCAUUGCUGGCGAAGCGGGAUCUGUUAGUAUCGGCAGCUGUCACGCUGGCCGAGGGCUGCAGAGGCUGCUUGCUGCCUGCGAUCUGUGUUGUCAUCUGGGCAGCCACCAUGCUCCUCCGUGCAACGCGAGAUGAGUAACUGUGUUCUCGCAAGACACGGAGAGGUUGUUCGGGGGGUGCAGGAGAACACAACAAAAGGCCGUCCCUAGGGUGCUUCAGAAUUGAGUAGGCGUGAUAAAAGGACCACCACAACAACAACAGCAGAAACAAGACCGAACAACUUUUUUUUUGCCGUCUCUUUUGCUCUGAGUGUGGCCUGACAGAGGGGGAGGAUGACUAACAUGUGCGAAGGUGCCGAAACAGAAAUUCUGGACCAGAACCACCGGCCGCCCUCCCCCGAGCAGAGCGAGGCGGGGCUCGGGUUCGAGCCGGACAGCAGCAGGCCGCAGCCCCCCUACAGCGUGGUCCUGGCCACCGCGCUGUACUGCGCCGAGUUCAUCACCGCCGCCGUGCUCUGCAGCAUCUACGACCGGAGCGGGGACCGGUUCUGGAUGGCCUUCACCAUCACCUUCAUGCUGGUGCCGGCUGUGCUGGUCCAGCUGGCCCUCACCUUCAUACACCGGGACCUGGGCAGAGACCGGCCGCUGGUCCUCUUUAUGCACAUCCUGCAGAUGGGACCCGUCAUCAGGUGCGUCGAGGCCCUGAUCGUGUACUUCCGGUCUGGAAAGGGGGAGGAGCCCUACGUCACCAUCUCCAGGAAGAUCCGGCUGAAACACGGCCAGGGCACCCCCACGGAGUGGGAGAUCGGGCACUCGGAGCGCACGCUGGCAACGCACCGCAACGCUUUCAAGCGCACCGCCGUCAUCCAGGCCUUCCUGGGCUCCGCCCCCCAGCUCACCCUGCAGCUGUACGCCACCAUCCAGGAGAAAGGCCUGACGGCCACCACCAGAGUCGUCCUCAUGGCCAUCGCGCUGCUCUCCAUCACCUACGGCGCCCUGGUCUGCAGCACCCUGGCCAUCCAGAUCAACUACGACGACUACAAGUAUAGGCUGCGGCUGCCGGCCUACGCCUGCAUGGUGCUGUGGCGUGGUUUGGAGAUUGCCACUCGCGUGACAGUGCUGGUGCUCUUCAGCACGGCGCUGCCCGUCUGGGUCGUGCCCGUGGGGCUGGCCAACCUCCUCUUCCUCUUUUUCCUGCCCUGGGUGGAGUUCUGGGCGAAGAGGGCGGCGCUGCCGGAGAACGUGGAGAAGAACUUCAGCAAAGUGGGCACCACUGUGGUGCUGUGCCUGGUCACCUUCCUCUACGCCUGCAUCAACAUGUUCUGCUGGUCAGCCGUGCAGCUGGACCUGGCCGACAGGGACCUCAUCGACAAGUCGCAGAGCUGGGGCCGCCUGGCCGUCUACUACGUGGUGCGAUUCGCGGAGAACACCAUCCUCAUCGUCCUCUGGUACUUCUUCAAGACCGACUUCUACGAGUACAUCUGCGCCCCGCUGCUGGUGGUGCAGCUGGUCGUCUGCUACAGCCUGGCCAUCCUCUUCAUGCUCGUCUUCUACCAGUACUGCCACCCCUGCCGCAAGCUCUUCACGCACAACGUGGCCGACUGCCUGAGGUGCGUCUGCUGCCGAGAGAGGCCCCGGGCCCUUCCGCCCCCGUCGCCAGCAGCCCCUGACCUCCCCUGCGAGCCGUGUGCCCGUGAAACGGACAUCACCGACGACGCCAUCAUGGACGCAGCGUGAGCUCCCCCUGCUGGUGGGGCAGACUCGUGUCAAGCCUGGUCUCGGCGGGAAGCUGCGGAGGCCUUCUGUGCGCUCCUCACUCCGGGGCGGCUGGUGACGGGGGCGAGGAGCGCAGCUCACUCACUGGCGCGUCUUCGCUGGAGCCGCCGGGGGCUGGCGACCCGACGGCGAACCAGGACGUCUGGCAGGAAGCGCUGCCUGCAUGUUUUAAAUAAAUGCAAAAUUGAUUUUUGAUUGGAAUCACUUUUUUGCUCUGGCUUGUUUGGAACCGUCGUGUAGGCAAAACCUUAAUCACGAUUCUAUAUUUAGGUAACUCAGGUGAAAACAAUGUGUUACUUUGCCUUGUAAUGUUUUUCUUUUUUCAUUUUUGAUUCUCACGGCCUGUUGACCUCUGGAGACCAAAGAAGGUGUUCUACGAAUUUCUCAAUAAUAGCCUCAAACAUCAACAUUGAAAUACUAUAUUGGGGGACCCUUUUCAUUUCAGGAUUCAUAGGCAGUUUGGUGCCAAAUUCCCGCAGUGAGUGGGAGACGCAACCUUUACGAGAGCCACUGUUUCACUAGCAGCUGUCCAGGUGACCAGGACUCUUUCCAAGGACUGACAAAUCCCUGACAAAACGAGACAUUGUCACUGAGGGGUAUUUCCAGGAGCUGUAUCCCAGAGGUCUGGCUUGAAAAUGUCAGGAUCUCCGCACUCAAGCCAAUUACAGACAAAGGCAUACCCUAAAAACAAACCUAUUCAGAAUGUCAUUUUUGCUGUUGCUCAGAAUACAAUUUUCACAACUGAACAGGCUGCGAUGUAGAUUUUGACAGACUGGCUGAAAUGACACACAGCUCCUCAGGAAGGCUGUAGUACGCAUUCACCUGCCAAGUCGUUACAGAAUGGUACUGCAUAUGACUCAUCCUAUUUGGAAAAAAGCUAAAUGGCCCAAUAUCUUGUAUAAACCAAGGCUGUAACGCAGUAGCAAACCUGGUCUUCUUUUCGGUGUUCAGUGCUGAGAGAAAGAUGGCUGAUGAAAGUGAUCUGACAAAAAAGGUACAGCCUAUUGGUGCACGUAUAUGAUGCAGACCUGAAGGCAAGAGCAAACCUGGAUAAUGUCAAUCCAGGUAGCACAUAGGGGUUGACUGGAAGUGAUUGGUGGACACAAACCACUCUAACCAAAUUCAUGCUGGGUUGCAGCAUCUGCUGUUGGCUUAGUGAUCUGGUGUUUCCAAGGACAUCUGUGACCCUGCAGUGGAGCCCAUGGCACAGGCUGGAUCAGAAUGCUGUUAGGGCCAUUCUCUAUUUAUUAGGUAGAGCAGAACGCAUUUGAUACAUAAAAUGUGCACAAGUAUAAGAGUUUGUACAAAUCCACUGGAAAGAUCUAGGUGUAGAAGGGAAAACCCUAAAACCGAGUACCACUUUCCUCAUACCAGACCUGCCACCACAAUUAAACAAUUGUCUGCCUUUGAGUUUCUUGACCAGUCUGUCAGGUAUUCCUGAGCAGUGAGCACGGAGCUCAGUGUCAGGCUGUGACUGUGACUGAUCGUUGUUUUACAGGUGUGAGCUCAGCAGUGUUAGAUAUGGAUGAGUCCAGUCAGGUCAGCUGUGGUAAAGUCCUCUGUCCGCUCACUGCCUGCUCUGCAAAACAUGGCGUGAGGUGUGGGGUCAAGGUACAUACGUGUAACAUGCCCAUUAGAAAUAUAAUCAGUUCAAAUACGUUUUUGUGAUUACAUCAUAUGCAAGUAUUCAAACCAGUUUUCGCUGGGGUUGUGUCAGUAUCGCAGUAUGCCUUUUGUGUGUCAUAGCUGGACGUGAGGUCUAAUGUUUCUAAAUGCACAUAUUCGUGUUUUUUUAUCAAAAAGGUCUGAAUGAGUGAAGCUAGUCUGCCUGUGGAGGCUUUGCUCAUGUGCAGCUGUCUCCGUUUACCUCUUCCUGUUCUGCAGGUAAGGGUGAAAAGAUGAGGCGGUUUCGUUACAGUCUGGUUCCAGAGAACAAUCUCUGGAUUGCUGCACAACACUUGACAGACGUUUCCAUGUAAUUGAGAAACGUAGAUAGGUGACAAACAAGAGGGGGCUUGUUUGGUUUGGAGUAGCUAAUUGAUCACAGGAUCUCAUUCAGCUAUGUGGCUGGACAACUCCUGGCUCCCACAUGUCUCCCGUCCCAGGUGUCCACUGAACGUCAUGGUCACUGGCUGUUCUAAAAGCCUGAAUUUCUCUGGGUCACUAUCGACACAAUGAGUUGACACGUAGUGAAAGAAAUGUGUUUUAAUUCAAGUUUACACUGGAGUGCCCAUCUACUACUUGUACUUGUCUUUUGUACCUGCUUUUACAAAUAAAGCUGUGUGAAAUCCUGACGGUUAAA